AUGGCAUCCCUAAACCUAAACGACCGCCUCAAAAGCCGUUCCAAAUUCCACACCUUACACAAGAAAGCCAUCGGCGCCGAGCUCGCCGAAACAGAAACUAACAACUCCAAUACAUUCUGGCAACAAGCCCGGCUCCUCACUCGCAACAUCGCGAGUCGCUCCACACAAACGGGAGGUACGCAUCCCAUCGAGCUGUACGAGUACCAUCUCCGCGAGCUAUGGUAUCUGUGUAUUCAAGACGGCAAACUUAUCGCUGCGGAGCACCCAGCGCAAGAUAGAUUGGUGAGUCAGGUGUUGCAUGCGAGGGAAAUGGGUGUUCUUUUCCGGCAGAGGGGGGAUGCGAAGCCAGAGGAGAAGAAUGAUCAUGAUCAUGAUCAGGAGAUCAAAAUAGCAAUGACCUCCAACGGCCACAUCUAG